AUGAAUAUAGAAGAUAAAUACAAAUUAAUUAAAGAAAAAUAUAAAGAAAUAAAAGAGCAAAAUGACAUUCUAAAAAAAGCAAUAGUAGAAUAUAAAAAAGAUAUUAAACAAUUGGAAAAAAAUAAUAAUGAAAAAAAUAAUAAAAUUAAUUUUUUAUUAAAUGAAAAUAGUACUCUAUCAAAUAAUAACAGUCAACUAUCCAAUAAAAUAACUCAAUUAAUAAAUUCAUUAGAAGAACAAAAAAAAAAUAAUUCUGGAUGGAGAAAUUUAAUGUUAUUAACAAAAAGUUCUAAAGAAAAUAUUCAUGAAUCAGUAGCUUUUGAAGAACUUGAAAUAAAAAUAAAAGAAAAUGAAACUCUUCAUAAAGAAAUUGAUGAUAUGAAACAGGAACAUCAAGAAUUAAAAACGGAACUUGAAAUGAAUAAGAAAAAUUUCGAAGAAAAAUUAAAAGAAAAAGAAAGAGAUAUUAAAAUUCUAACUGAUAAUAUAAACAGUUCUAAUCAAAAUAUAAUUGAUAUUGAAAAUGAGAAAGCUGAAAUAAAAAAACAAAUAGACAUAAAUAAAAAAAAAUUUAAUGAAACUAUAGAAAAAAAAAAAAAAUACAUAAUUGAAAUAGAAGAUAUUUGCAAAAAGUUAAAACAUAAAUGCUAUUCUAAAUACAAAAUUAAUUUUAAUAAAAUACCAUUUUUUGAAAAAAGUGAUUAUUAUGAUUAUUUUAUUCAAAAUAGAAUUAAUGAAAAUAUAGAAAAUUUUCAAAAUUUUAUUUUAAUUGUAAUAGAAAAAUUCAUUGAAUAUUUAGUUUUGUGUAAGGAACUUUUUACAUAUGAAGAUUCUAAGUUAAAUUAUAUAUAUGAAAAUUUUGAAAAAGAUACAGAAACAGAUAAAAUAAAAUAUUCAAAAAUAAUAGACGUAAAAAAAAUUUCUCAAAAUGAAAUUACUUAUAUUGAAGAAAUCAUAAAUUUAUUAAAAAAUUUUAAAAAGACAUGGAUAAAAAAUGAGAAUGGUGAAAAAAUCAGGGAUACGUUAUGUGUUUUAGCAGAUAAAAUAAAAAUUCUUUUUUUAAACGUAAAUAUUUAUUUAUGCGUUGAAGAAUAUUUUUUUCCAACAGUUUUCAGUAGUAAAAAAUUUAUACUCAAAAAUGUAAUUCAUGAAUUAAGAAAUUUGAAAAAUCUUAUUUUAAAAAUAAUAAAUACAUUUACCUUUGUGAUAUUUAUUUCACCAUUCAAUAAUGAAAAUAUAAUUUUAGAAUAUUUUAAAAAAAUAAAUAUUAAAAAAAUGAUAGAUAAAAAAAAUCCAGAUAAAUAUAUAUAUUGCAAUGAAGCAAAUUAUGAUGAAAUAUAUAAAAGUUAUUGGAGUGAAGAUGAAGGCAAUGAUUAUAUAUUUAAAAUAAAUGAUUUAGAUUUUGGAAAACUAAUUGCAGAAAAGGAAAAAAAUUCUCUUUCUAAAUUUAUACAUCUAAAAGAUUAUGUUGAAAAAAAUAAUAAAAUUAUUUUAUUUUUAACAAAUAAAUUUAAAAUAAUUUUAGAAGAUAUAUUAUAUUCAUUUGAGUUUUUAAAAUCAUACAUAUCCUUUCGUUUAUGUGAAAAUAAAGGAUUUAAUACAUUAAAUAUGGAUAAAUCAAAAACAAUUACUAGUUUAUUAGAUUUAACAAGUUCCUUCAUAAAUUCUAUUCACAAUUAUGAUAUUAUAAAUUUGAAGCUACUAUUAGUUUCAAUAUUGUCUUAUUAUAGGUUUAAUAAAUGUAUUUCGUAUGAAGAAGAAAAGGAUUAUUUAAAAAAAAUUAAUAAUGCAUUUAACCAAAAAAAAAUAAUUUCAUAUAACUCAUUAGAGAAUAGUUUAAAGGAUCUUGAAUUUUACAAAAAAAAUAAUAAUGAAUUAAAUAAAAAUCUUUUAAAAAAAACAAAAAUCAUUAAGAAAUUAAAAAGAAUAAAUGAACAAUCUUUAAAUGAAUGUAAAAACACAUUAAUGAUUAAUAAAGAGUUAACGAUAAGCAAUACAUUUUUAAUUAAUUCUUUAUCAAAUAAACGUGAGAUGAAUAAUGAAGAAAAUAUAACUAAUGAUAUUGAAACAUAUGCAGAAAACGUCUUAAAUUUUAUAACACUUAAUAAUUAUGAAAACAAAAGUUUAAAUAUUAAAGAAAAACAAUUAUUAGAAGCAUAUAUUUGUUCUUGCGUAAAAAUAGAUCAUUUAAAAAUUGAAAUAAAAGAAAAUAAUGAGCUUUUAGAGAAAUUCAAAAAUGACUUUGAUAUAAAAGAAAAGGAAAUAAGAAAAUUAAAGCUUCAAAUAGAAACAUAUAAAGAAGAAGAAGCAAAUAUACAUAAAAAAUAUGAAGAACAAAUGAAUACUUUACAUGAUUUAAUUGUAACCUUAGAAAAACAAAUAUCUAAACUAAAUUCAGAAAAGACUGUAAAUAAAUUUCUUAUUAUGUGCACUAUAUGCGGAAGUAAAAAUAAUAUAGGAAACAUUUUGAAGAACAGAAAAUGCCUUAAAUGUAAUUCAAUAAUUAUUUUUUUUAAAUGA